AUUGGAGGUGGUCCGCUGCUUGCGUGAUGACUCAUCAUAGGCACUUUGCGAUCUCCAAGAGAUCGCAAAUGGCGAAUUUGGCGUCACGUGAGAAGAGUGUAUAUGACAUCAAGAGCCAUAAGUUCUCCACCGUGCAUCAGCGCCGUAAUUAUGGUGUUAACAGUCGGAGUAACGUGCAUCAACGAUAGACAUCUACUCAGUUCAUCUCCAACUUUCGAAACCACCUUCUUGAUAUUGGCUACGACCCAAGCGCUUUCUCUGGCCAUUCCUUUCGUCGCGGAGGCUGCCAGUGGCUCUCCAGCGAGCGGCGCUGGGACUUGAGAAAGAUCUGUGAUUGGGUGGUUGGUUAGAGAACUUCUCGUCUAUAACGAUUGUGAAGUAUCUUAUUAGUUGGAAUGAUAGGCCAACUCAUAAGCGGCAGGACUUUAUGAACCUAAACUUUCGUCGUGAACGAGGAUGUUAUGCAUGUAAUAAGACUUGCGACUGCGCA